UUGUUCACGAGACCGCGCGCAUGCAGCAGAUGAAAGUUGAGGGGGCUGCAGAGAGUUUUGGAGUAAAACUGAUUUCAUCCACACUCAACGGACACCCACAGAGCUCAGGACGGAUCUGAACUGAACAUGAAGACCAUGAAGAUGCUGGCGCUGCUUCUUCUCAUCACAUUGUUGCACAGUCCUGCCUGUCUGUCAGUGACAGUGAGCAGCAGUAAACCCAAAGUGGAGGUCCACGAGCACACAGACGCUGUGCUGUCCUGUGAGUUCAAGACAGAGAAAGAUCAGAACCCUCGAAUCGAGUGGAAGAAGAAAGGGAAGGGGGUGACAUUUGUGUACUUUGAUCACAAAUUUACCGGGUCUUACACUGGACGGGCCAAGAUAGAGGGAGCGACACUGACGAUACACUCUGUCACACAGAAAGACUCGGGGGAGUAUCGCUGUGAGGUGACGGCCAGCGAGGACCACGUCAACCUGGGAGAGGCGACUGUAACCCUCAAUGUGCUCGUGCCGCCUCAUGUCCCGUCCUGUGAGGUCCCGAGCUCAGUGUUUGUUGGCUUGGGCCUGGACCUCCUCUGUAAAGACAAGCUCAGCGUGCCGCCUGCCACCUACCAGUGGUACAAAGACAACAAGGCCCUGACGGCAACAGCAGACAGUCCAUACAGCAUCGACACACACAAAGGCACACUGAAUUUUAAAAGCGUGUCCAAAGCGGAUACAGGGAUGUACCGCUGCGAGUCCUCCAACAGUGUCGGGGCACCCAAGAGCUGUGUGGCACAACAACUUAAAGUCAUUGAUUAUCCUUUGAAUAUGACGAUUCUGAUAGCAGGUGCUGUAGGUUUUCUGACGCUCAUCAUCUUCUGCUGCACCUGUGUGUGUGUCUGCCGACGUCGAGGCUGCUGCAAGAAAGGAAAGAAAACGAAAAACGCAAAGUCCUACAACCCUCCUCCUCCUCCUCCCACCCGCAAUCUCAAGAAGUACAAACAAACUCAGUCGUUCAUGAUCUGAGUACAAACCAGUCUCGCUCUGCUCCCAUCAAAUGCUCCGUCAAAUCAUCUGAAAUGAAAAAUGUACAUUCAUUGUUCAGCGCACUUCCUCAACUGUCGCUUUCCUUUUGGAGCUGCUCACCGAUGUCUUGGACGGACACACUGACAGAUAUGUCUUAAAAAAAGAAAGCAAAGACAAGAGAUUAAAACAAGAUUUUGCAAACUUCUUGCUGCUUCCUCAACAUGAAACAUUAACUGUAUGUGUUGCCAGUUUGGAAAAAUCUUCCUACUUCUAUUAGAGACUUACAGUACUGUAAGUAUUCAGGGUUCAACUAAUCUCCUUUAAAUGCUGUAUGAUGUGUUUCAUUAUCCUCUUUUUCUAGAGUGUGUUAAGACAUGUUUAAAACCUUGCUGGCUUAUUUUUUUUAAAACCUCUUCUCAGACUUUAGGGCCAGUAUUCAGCGCUAAAGUUAACCUUUAGCUUUCUUAUGCCAUCUAUAGGUCAGUAACUGUUACUAUCCACACUGAUUUAGGCGAAGACUGUAUAGAUUUUAUCCCUCUUAUUGCCUCUCAUUUAUAUUUAGAUAUAGAUGUUGUUUUAUAUAAGCUUAUUUUUCUCUCUUAUGUAUUUUUAUAAACCUGUUUGUGUGUUAAUAUCAUGUUAUAAUUGUUUAUUUGGUUGUAUAACGUAAAACAAUGUGAACUCAGCGAUAAAUGAACAGGUGUCUGCACACACUGAACGGUGCUUUGGAAGCUGUUGAAAUCAAGUACUUUUAAUUCAAGUGUUUUCAAGAGUUUUUUCUCUUCCUGAUCAAUAAAGAAAGAUGAAAAAUAAUCAGCACUGUGGAAUUCAAGCUGCAUGGUUUAUUGGCUUAUUGGCACACAGCCGGGGAGGUAACGGAAGAUAUAACAGAGAUUUGAUCAAUGACGUGUUAAAAGCAUCCGUAUGUGACCAUCCCUGACAUGAAGAAUACAUCA